AUGGCUAAAGUGUUCCAGCGAGUCUGUGCCGCCUUUUGCCAGGUUUUUCCUAUGGCCUAUGCUUUUUAUUGUGACCCAGACAAACCCUGGCUGCUGACCCAUCUAGCAAGUAAAUAUGUGUUUAAAAACAGAAGAGGCCGUCCUUCGGUGGCCAUAAAGCAAGUGUGUCUCCAAAAACAGCUCAAAAAGGAACAAAUUGUCGAUGAGCUCCUUGUCAUGAGGGACAACAAGCAUCCAAAUAUUGUUAACUAUUUAGACAGCUACCUGGUUAGAGAUAAACUGUGGAUAGUGAUGGAAUACCUAGACGGAGGCUCCUUAAGCGAUGUUGUUAAGGAAAUAAGCAUGAGUGAAGGAAUGAUGGCAGCUGUCUCUCGAGAGUGCCUGCAAGCACUGGCCUUCCUCCAUUGCCACCAAGUGAUCCACAGGGAUCUCAAAGGCGAUAACAUUCUUCUUGGAAUGGACGGAUCCGUCAAGUUGGCUGAUUUUGGUCUCGCUGCUCGCAUCACACCUGAGCAGAGCAAACGAAGCUCAGUCGUCGGCACAGCUCACUGGAUGGCCCCCGAAUAUCUAACUAAAGAAGAAUACGGACCCAAAGUGGAUAUUUGGGCACUGGGCAUCACAGUGAUAGAAAUGCUGGAAGGAGAACCUCCUUAUUUUUGGGAGCUUCCUCACAGGGUAAGGUGCAAAUACUACCAGAUAACCACUGUCCUUCUCAUCUGUCCCAUGUUUUGCCUCCAUUGAGAAAAAUACCGUUCCCACCAGAUUGAACUAGUUCAACCAAGGCCAAGGCAACAAAAAAAAGGCCCCAGAGCACAUCCACAUCCUCUAUAGCUUUAGUUGCAUCACUCUUGAAAAUAACCUGUAAAGCCUGUAAAGUCCAUCCUCAGAGAAGCAAAAGGGGCUUUUGCUGAUGGAGUUCCUCCUCACUUGGUCAGCCAAUGAAAUCAGCUGUCAAGGCAAGAUCAUUUGGAUGUUGGAAGACCUGUGGCUGCACUGGGGCCUUUUUCUUGGUAUCGAAAAAUCAUUUUGAACCCUCUGCCCGGGAAGAAACUGCCACUGGAGGAUGGAGCGUCAAAAAUGGGGUCUGUGGGAGCAGUUAGGGAGAUGAAAGAAAGAGGUAAAGUCCCGUGUUUCCUUUUCCUCCAGGCCAUGCAGCUCAUCAUUUCAAAGGGGAUACCGGAGCUGCAAAGCCGCGAGAAACUGUCCCCUGCAUUGCAGGACUUUCUGAACUGCUGCUUGCAGGCAGACGAGGACAGUCGAUGGUCUGCUGAGAAACUUCUGCAGCAUCCAUUUUUACUCUCAGCCUUGCCCCUCUCCGGCCUGACGACUGUGAUCAAUGCAGCAAACCAGCUGUGGGAGGCCAGAAGACAGAGGAAGGGUUUUGGCAUGCCUUCCUCCAGUUCCAUCGAUGGGUGGAACUCAGAACAAAACUGAAGGAGCCUCAUCCCCAGUGUAUACCCUGGGGGAGUCACACAGAGGAGGGGGCGCUUAGGAGUCGAUUAGGGCACAGGGCAUCACCACCAGCAGGUGGUGAGCAACUGCAUUGUACAUUGCUUGUUUUGCUUGGGUUUCAUCUCUUUCUUCGUUUUACUACUGUUACAAUUAGGAUUUGCAUUAGUAUUACUAUUAGUGUU